GGGUGGAGGAGGGGAGGAAGGGACGCGGGGAGGACCGGCCGGCAGAGGGCGCUCAGGGCUCGCUGGACACCAGCACCACGGGGGAGGGGACCGGGGGUCAGCGGGACCCUGGUGGGGACCGGGACACAAUCCUGGGGGCCCCCACCCUCCUCCACACCUGCCUGCAGCCCCGGGUGCACGAGGCCAUUCCCCCCUCUGCGACUGUGCCAGAGUCCGGCCGCCGGACCCCGCGCCCCCGUGGGCAGUCCCCUGCCUCCGCUCUUGGCCGGCGGGGUGGGGGCGGCGGGAGCGGAGCACGUGGCUCGGGGUCCGGGGAGCCCCCCCACCCCCCCGGCACUGGCGGUCCCCGCGGUGUCCGGGCCGCGGGGCCGGCGGCGGGAGCGGCGCGCGCGGGCGGGCGCGGGCAGGGGGCGCGCGGGGGCGCGGCCGGGCGGGGUCGGCGGGCGAGAUGUGCGAGCGGGCGGCGCGCCUGUGCAGGGCCGGCGCGCACAGGCUGCUCCGGGAGCCGCCGCCGCAGGGCCGCGCGCUGGGCGGGCUGCUGCGCUGGGUGGGCGCCAGGAUGGGCGAGCCCCGCGCACCGCUCGUCCCCGACAUUCCCAUCGCAGACCCCGACCCCGGGCCCGCCGCGCCGCGCGGGGGCACGGCCGUCAUCCUGGACAUUUUCCGCCGUGCGGAUAAAAAUGAUGACGGGAAGCUGUCCCUGGAGGAAUUUCAACUCUUCUUCGCAGAUGGUGUCCUCAAUGAGAAGGAGCUGGAGGACCUCUUCCACACCAUUGACUCAGACAAUACCAAUCAUGUGGACACCAAGGAACUGUGUGAUUACUUUGUGGACCACAUGGGAGACUAUGAGGAUGUCCUGGCCUCCCUGGAGACCUUGAACCACUCGGUCCUGAAAGCCAUGGGCUACACCAAGAAGGUAUAUGAAGGUGGGAGCAACGUGGACCAGUUUGUGACCCGCUUCCUUCUGAAGGAGACAGCCAAUCAGAUCCAGUCACUGCUCAGCUCCGUGGAAAGUGCUGUGGAAGCCAUUGAGGAACAGACCAGCCAGAUCCGACAGGACCACUGCAGACCCAGCCACGGCAUCACCGAGAGCCCUUAUGGAGGCCCAAGUCCUCCCUACAUCCCCAACCACAAGCUCAUGGCCCCGGAGCCUGGGAAGAGCCUGCCUGUGGCCACAGGGGAGCCGAAGGAGGAGGGGCUGGAGGGCCAGAUUAGCCGGUUGGCAGAGCUGAUUGGGAGACUGGAGAGCAAGACCCUCUGGUUUGACCUGCAGCAACGCCUCUCAGAUGAAGACGGCACGGACAUGCACCUGCAGUUGGUCCGGCAAGAGAUGGCCGUGUGCCCUGAGCAGCUGAGCAAAUUCUUGGACUCCUUGCGACAGUAUCUCCGAGGCACGGCUGGAGAAGGGAACUGUUUCCACGUCGCCGCGGUGAGGAUGGCAGACGGCCUCACCUUUGUCAUCUAUGAGUUCUGGGAGACGGAGGAAGAGUGGAAGAGGCACCUGCAGAGUCCCGUGUGCAAGGCUUUCCGACACGUCAAGGUGGACACUCUGAGCCAGCCCGAGGCACUCUCCCAGAUCUCUGUGCCAGCUGCCUGGUGCACUUCCGGCCGAGACUGACUCCUCCUGAGGCCAUGUUAAGGAGCCUAGUACCCCAACCCCUUGUAAAGGACAAUACCCCUUUUCUAGAGACUUUGGUACACAGCUGUCUUUUCAAUAUACUAAUAGAAGGACGUGUACUUGCCCCUGCUGUGACACAGAGGAGGCCCCUCCCCUGGCAUCCCACACCUGACCUGGCCUGGCAGAGUACUGGGGGGUGCUGGUGAGGCCAAGGUUAGCUGGGAUAGCUUCCCAGGCCAGCCUUCGCCCAACAGCUUCCAGCCCCAGCCUGGCUCUGGCCUCCCUGGCUCCUAACGGGUGAGGCCAAGCAGGACCCACCUCGGAUGGAUAGGCCUCUUUCUCUGCUCCCCUCCUCCUUGAAGGCCCUCUACCUGGUAAGAGCUGUGACCCUGUAGUACCCAAAGUAGGCUUGGGUAGAGCCCAGGUCCCCAGCAACAUGCUAGGCCCACAGCUACCAAAUAAAAUCUGGUUAGAAACGA